AAUAUACAAUCUUUUCAUUCUGAACAGGUUGAUAGGAAAGUAUACAACGAAGAACAAAAAACUUUCCGUCGUAUGACUAAAGAUCAACCCGUUGGCCUGAAGUAUGUUGGUGUUGUUCUCAGUUUGGUGAGAGAGGUUCUGGAUGUCUCAGGAAACGUCAUCGAGCUAAUCGUUCGCGCAUCUACACUUACCGAACAGAAUAAACCAAAGGCUUUCGUUCACUGGGUUUCGCAUCCCAUCACUGCUGAAGUUCGACUAUAUGACCGAUUUCAUGGAGGGAAAUUUUGUGAACAAUCGUUUUUGUUGCUGUUGUUCUUCUCUAGUAAUGGUAUGAAUAAUAUUUUUAUAACGACAAUAUCUGAACUGAAAUUAAAGCAAUUUUGA